AUGGCAGACUCGGAAGGAGCAUCAAAUAAUGAACUUCUCUUGGUUGCAGCCAAACAGGACUCGGAAGAUAUUUUAGAGGAUAUUUUUUCUCAACCGGAUACCUAUGAUAUAAAUUAUUCCGAUGCUGUUGGAAACUCCGCACUCCAUUACGCUGCUCAAUUCGGAUCUUUUACUGCCAUUGAAGUGCUAUUGGGACAACCAAAUAUCAAUGUUAAUUUACCAAAUAAAUUGGAAUAUGAUACACCACUUCAUAAAGCCGUACAAUAUAUAGAUGAUCCUUCCGUGGCUUUAGAAAUAGUAAAAUUAUUGAUAAAACAUGGAGCGGACCCAACCAAACUUAAUAAGAAUAGACAAAAACCUCAACAAUUAGUUGAUUCGGAAAAUACAGAACUAAAAAACUUACUUCAAAAAGCGACUUUAGCCUUACAAGUGGAUGCUAGUGAUAUUGCCCAAGAUGAUUCUGAUGAUAAUGAUCCACCAAGCGAUAUUAGUGAGGAUUAA